AUGGGUAAACAGGAAGUAAACAAAUACACGUGUAAGAUGGCGCUUUCAGAGCAGUCCUCGGUGCAGGGGUCAGUUAAAGAGGUUUUAAGGGAGUUCCAGGUGUCGUUUUUCGCUAUGAGUCGGCUCCCUUCGUUUCCCUGGACUUUUGUAGAAAAAGACCUUCAGAGCAGCGGGUCAUCAGAGCUCAUUUCUCAGGUGCUGAAACAGACGUGCCUUCAUCCCCUGUGCCGGAAGUUCCCACCUUCAGUCAGAUACAGGAGGCUGUUUCUCUCUCAGCUCAUCAGACGGCUGGAAGCUUCAGGCUGUGAACCUCUGGAUGAGCUGUAUGAUGCUCUGGCUGAGGUGGUGGGCGCUGAGGAGACCACGGAGUGCUACAAGAGCUACCUGCUGCCUGCUGGUGGCGCUGUGAGCUUGAUGGAGAACAUUGCUCUGAUCUCAGAGGGGACCACCGGGCUGGUGACGUGGGAGGCGGCUCUUUACCUGGCAGAGUGGGCUCUGGAGAAUCAGCAGGUCUUUACAGGCAGGACGGUGCUGGAGCUGGGCAGCGGCGCGGGGUUGACAGGUAUCGCCGUCUGUCGGUCGUGCGGCCCGAAGCGAUUCAUCUUCAGUGACUUUCACUCCAGAGUGCUGCAGAAACUCAGAGACAACGUCCAGCUGAACGGGCUGAGCGAGCAGACGACCCCAGCGGUCAGCGUGGAGAAGCUGGACUGGACGGCAACCUCAGAGGAAGAGCUGAGGGAGAUCGGAGCUGAUGUCAUCAUCGCCGCAGACGUGGUGUACGACCCCGACAUCGCAGGAAGUCUGGCGAAGCUGCUGUCCAUCGUCCUGAGGUGUUCGUCUGUCGAGGUUCUCCCUCAGGUCUUCAUCUGCUCCACGAUAAGGAACCUGGAGACGUACGGCGGCUUCAAACAGCAGCUUGAAACUGAAGGAGUCGGCCAUGAAGUGAUCCCAGGACCCGUCAACCAUGUGUUUCCUUAUAACAGACAGUCGGCUAUAGAGCUCAUCAAACUGUGCAGAUGACACGAGGGGAGCAUGAUAAAGAUUUUAUUUACAAAUGUACAUCUUCAUCAUCAUGACAACUUCCUUUAUACAUUCAAGUGAAGAAGGAAAAACGCCAGGAAUAAAAAAGAAGACCUCAGAAGACUUCGUCUUUUCACCCACUGAUCCAUUUAAAUUUUAAAUGUACAUUUAUCAUAAAACACCCCAAACAAGCAGUUUUGGUCCUUUACGCUCUCACUCUGCUGUAACUGGUGCUCAUAUCAUCCAGGCACUCUCUGGAUACUGGACUCAAAGGCUGGGCCUACUUUAUUCCAUGAAAAGUGCUCACCUGGCACAAAAGGAAAAAAAGGCUUGUUUCCAUGGUGAUGUCUACUGCACGUGCCCAGUAGGGCCUACAAAGCGAGACUUUCAUGAAUAAAAGAAAUGGUUAUAAAACA